AUGUUAAAAUCCCAUAGGAGGGCUGAACGAUCUGUACCAAAGCUUAUACCUUUUGAUUUUGAUUUACCUAGAUGGUUAGCUGAAGAAGAUACAAACAAACAUUCACAACUAGCUAAUUCCGAGACAUUAUCAUGUGAAAUAGGGAAUGAUUCAUUAGUCACGAUAUGUUUGAAGGAGAUAGUACAGUUAUUAGCUGGUGCAGAUACGUCUCAUGAGACGAAAGUAAGCAUAUUGGAAUUGUUACCUACUGUUGAUACAAUCAAAACCCUUUGGCAGAUUAUUUCCAGAAGGGAUAGCAACAUCUACUUGUAUUGGCUUUUACAGAACAGUCCAUUGGUGAAAGGUGAUCUAAUGAACCUCUUCUCAGAGGAUACCAACUUUAUUGAAAAUUCAAGAUAUCAGGUUGCACUUUGGAAAUACAGGAAGCGGAAUAGGCAAUCGUCCUGUUUUGGGCUGAAUGAUAUUCACUUUUGCAGGAAUAUAUUUCUCGAAAGAACAUUCCAGUUUCUAACUGUAGUGGAGUGUCAAACAUCCGUGGGAAAUCUCGAGCUAUUGACUCGUCUAGAGCAUUUGGAUGCACUAAGGAUAACAGGGCCACGCACAGAGGAAGUGGAAACGAUAGUGCGGGCCUGGUACAGCUAUUUAAAACUGUAUCCAGAAACGUGGAGACACCUACGAGUCCUCAGUAUCCCCGACGUUGUAAGUUUGAGACUCUUGUAUGACGCUUUCCAGCUGAUGAAGUCGUUAGUCUUCAUAGAGUCUGGUGUGAAGCCACAAGAAAUAAAAGAAGUCAAGAUGUUGAAUGCGAUCAUAUCAUAUAAACCUGAACUAGACUAUCUGACUCAAAAGCCCAGACCAAAAUUAGAAACAAUUCUUCAAGAACUGGAUGAAUUCAUCAAAUAUGACCCCGAGGUCAAACCAAAAGUCAUGUUCCACUGGGAUUUCACCAAUUUCAGUACGAAUCACAUGCGUAACAAGCUGUAUUUCUACUUCAAGAAUAGAAGAAGGCCCCAUCAAGACAAGAUACGUGGAAACACGUCUGAGACUAACAAACCGAAGAAAAAACCACGAUUCAACAGCAUUAGAGGCUUCACUUCAGCUAACAGCUUCUUUGGAAUGCCGUAA